CAUCGACUCAGGCUAUAGCAUUACAUUGGUGACUUCUGAUGAUAUCAUUGUGGUCACAUGACAUCAGUCCCACCAAUGACUGCGCUCCAUAUACUUUCCAGGAGGGAGAAAUAAUAAUUACAAUGGAGAGCCAACAACAACCAAGGCCAAGCAUUGCGUCUGAAUUAGAGCGCUCCAGCUUGAGGUGCCUGGUUAUGAUCUCUGAAGUGACGAUAUGUCGCAUGGUGAGGACCAUACAUCAGUCAUUUGAUCACGAUCUUUAAUUGCUUUUCAUAACGAGUUCGGGCUUUACAACACUACAGAGAAAUGAUUGAAGCUGACAUUUAUGACGGGGAGAAGAAAGAAAACUUCUCAUGGUAAAAACAUCGCAUUUAGCAAGAGAACUCCAACAGCACAUACCAACCCCUUGCCGCUCACUCCGUGGACAAUGAAAGUGAUGAAAUAUCACAGCAAAAAUACUACUAUGUAUAACUCGAUCACUGAUUGAAGCUUUUCACAGAAAAUGCAUUUUUAAAUGAACAAUAAGAACAAGGGGUAAAAUAUUGUAUCAUCUCAGACUAAAAUGUCAUCUGGGUCACAGCACAAUGAUGAAAACCAAGCCUUGAGUACGCGGGAAGGUUCAGUGGCAGGAAGUCUACAUACAAGAAAGAGUUUGACACGUAACUCGAGCACAAUGAGCAACUUGAAAGAUCCAGGAAGGCAUUCAAGUGUCCGCCGAUGUAUCAGUGAUUCCGACCGCGACUCUGUAUACGACGUCACCGGGAGUACUGUGAUCGUCACCUUGCUCAUUCUCAGCCCGCCCAUAGUACUCAUUGGCGUGAUCCUUCUGACUACAGGCGCCAUCAUCAGCAACAUCUUCGUGCUCGUCGCCGGACUUGCCACGAUCUUGAGCGGUGUCCUGAUCGCGGCUACCAGCGCAUUUGUCUUCGUACGCAUGCGCGGUGGCGUUAGAAGUCGGGGCAGUAUGAAUGAAAGUAGGAGGAGGAGUGAUAACGGCGGAGUACCUCCGGGUCGAGGAAGCUACUACCGGGUCACGAUGGAUUUAGAGAGGAGUGCAAAUUCUGCAGAUGGCUCGUUUCGGGUGGAGAUCACAGAGAAACCUGCAACCAUGGUCACUUUCUUCUCAUCAGCUGACUCAGACACGCAGUCGAUACGAGGCAAUAGAAUCAAUGGGUCCAAUACUAGUAGUCUGAGUAGCUCUAGCGGAACGAUGAAGGCAAUAGGUGUUAAGCUAGGAUCUGAAAACUCCAGUCCAGGUUGAAUAUUGGUCAAAAUGGCGGGAAACCGGCUGAUAUAAAAACAUGCUUUCAGUAACACGGGGCGAAUGAUGAAGGCGGUUCCAAACCAUAUACAAGUUAUAUAUACAGUGGGUGUAAAAAAAACGGGACAGAUUUGAAAAGUCUAUAAAACUUUUGUUUCUAAUUAUGAUCUCUAUAUUUUGGUGUAAAUAGGUGCUCUGAAGUGUUAUCCUUCAAAUGCCAUUAAAAUAAAAUAAUUUAGUUUUGUUCAUGCUUUAGCGAACAUGGAAUGUUUUUGUCUGGGGUUGAAAAGGAAGCUUGCGCCAAAAUGGCAUAAAAUGAUAAAUAUGAUGGUUGGACUUCUUGCUAAUCAGCAGACUUCUUCUUAACCUUUUCAUUAUCUUUGCCAUAAUUUUCGAAUUGUGCGGUAAAAAUUCAUUUCCAAAUCUACUUAUUUGCUUGAAUCGUUCUGUUGUUCCUUUUUAAUAUGUUCUCUUUUAGUUUUGAAUAUUCCUUCUUUAGGCAAGAACACUUUUUUUUUUACCGAAGUAAAAAUGGGAGAGCGUGUUUUUUUUCCUUCAAAUCCUUUUAUUGUGUGCUACAAAGGUUAUGGUUCCUUUGAACAGUGGCAUACUGAUGGGUCGGGGCUUGGGGUGCUCCCCCCCCCCCCCCAAAUAAAAAAAUCAUGACCAAGAAAGAAAGUGGAAAAGAAAAUAACAGAAAACAUAGAAAGUGAAAUAUGAUAUCAUUUUCUGAAUAUUAUGUCAAAAUCACAAAAUUUUGUAUUUUGAUAAAGAAAGUGGAAUUUUUUCGGCUUCACAACUGUUUGAUACAUUUUACCCGAUCUGCCAUAUCUUGCUCCUUCAGAAUUGACUCAAUACACCAUUGCCGUUAAAAGACAUGAAUCCUUUCCUGUUUGUCCUGUCAAGCACAUAAACUUGGUGAAGGAUUCAAUAACACUUUGAAAAUAAAAAUGUCUUUUAUAGGUACCAUAACAUAAUUUGUUUCACAUGAUAAAAGGAUUUGAAUAAUUACAAAUUCUCCCAAUUAAUAAUGCAAAUCUUCUUAUUUGGGUUGACAAAAAGUCUUUUCUUUUUACUUAUGAAGGAAAAUUCUAAGUUAAAAGAAUUUUAACUGAAAAACAAACUAAUUCAGGUAAAUAAAUAAAUUUGUAAACGAAAUUUGACAGCAUAUUUCAAAAAUUAUGGCUACGACAAUGAAAAAAUAAAGAGGAAGUCUGCUGAUUAGCCAAAAGUCUAAUCAUCAAAUGUCUCAUUUCUGCCAUUUUGGCGCAAGCCUUUUUUUGAACCCCCAACAAAAUUGUCCCGUGUUUGCUCAAGCAUGAACAAAAUUUCUUUUUUUAAAGUGGUAUUUCAAAGAUAACAUCUCAGAGCAUCUAUUAACAUCAAAACAUAGAUAUAAUAAUUUGAAACAAAUUUUUUAUAGACUAGCUUUUCAAAACUGUCCCGUUUUUUUUAUACGCACUGUUUUAUAUUGUGGCAGAAAGAAGCUGCUGAAAACUGCUUAUCUAAAAAAAAGAGAGCCAAUGGAGUAAAUUAGAGAGUCAAAAGGGGCCUAAGCUUUCGAUCCUAGCAGAAUCUUCGUCGGAGGCAAAAUGACAAACAUAUAGGCAAAAUGACAGACAUAUAUCUUUGUCAUUUUGCCUCCGACGAAGAUUCUGCUAGGAUCGAAAGCUUAGGUCCCUUUUGACUCUCUGUUUUAUAUUGUAUAUAACAAUUACUUCUUCCACGAAGAUGACCCAUCUUCAUGAUCUUUGUGACUAUUCAAAACAUAUAUAUAUAUCGAUAUAGCGUUGGAAAAUACCGAGGUUGUUUUACCUGACUGCUAAGAAAGCACGAAUGCCUGUGAGCAAGCAAUCAGGGGACCAACGGCUUAAGGUCCUCUCCGAGGGACCUGGUAAUGAGGAUAAAUGCCUUACCAAGGGCACUAGCGCACCACUUGGGAAUCGAACCCGGGUCACCGGAAUCCGGAACCCCCGCUCUACCGACUGAGCUAUCGCGCCUCCCAUGUACCAGAGGGUCCAAGCAAUUUAUUAUUUUAUUUUUUUAAAGUUUUUUUUAUACAUUAUAGUAUUCUGAGAUCAUUCAAUUAUCCUGAGACGAGGCCUACUUUGUAAACUGUUGAUUAAUGUUGUCAACAGCAAACAUUUCGAGAUUGAGGAACUGAAGUCACUUUAGAAAUCACCUUUAGAAAUAAAAACCGUUACGUAGAUUAUUGGUUAAAUAUCAAAUAGGUCAUCAUAUCAUCGUUACGUUUUUGCUUGUUAUGAAUUAAUGUAACAUGAAAUACAAAUAUUUGUCCAGUUGUGAUAAACAGUAAUUAUAAAACAUAUUACCACGUAUUGAAUAUAAUCGUAAAGUUAUUGUGCGUCUAAGAAAUGUCAUACAUGUUUUUAUAGUGCUAAGCCUUGCAAAACAAAUCACACAUGGAUGUAUCUGUCAUACAUUAAUUUUGUCUUGGCUUCUGUAUAGAAUUCCCUAACACGGAGUGUAAAAUAUAAUCAUAUACCUUGUUUUGUUGUUGUGACUGUUAACUUCUUUGACAUGUUGUCUUGUGAAACAUGUGUGGGGGAUUUGUUUGUGUAUAUGUGUAUAUUAGCGUGUGUAUGUAUAAGUCGGAGGGUGGGCGCGCGUGUUUUCAUGGUGUAUUGGUGAGGAAAAAACAGGAUUUUUAACUGAUUUCAUUUUUUAAAACUAUAUUAUUCAUGUUUUAUGUUAUCAAAAUAAUGUACAGCGUUAUAUUGUUUAAUUAGAAAUGUUAGAUUGACAUGUGUAAUGAUUUUAUUUUAAUGAGAUCAAAAUAUAACAUUGGAAAUAGAGGAUAAUAAUGUGUGGGUUAGAUUAUGGUUAAACUGACGUGUUUGUGGCACCUUGUAUUGUGUGUAUCGCACUUAUAGUGUGUUUUCUGAUACAAGGAGUUCGAUUUAUAACGCAAUGCCAUUGAGUUUUAUCAAUGAUGUUUAUGUUAUUUAGCGGUUUGGAUAAAUACUAUUUGUAUGAGGAAUAUGUAGAAUAAUAAAAUUAUAUAUGUA